AUGUCGAAGCUCUCCGAGCCGUUAAAACAGCUCAUCAAUGCCGCCCAUGCCCUUCCAGGGCAGCUCAAGGCCCCGCCGUCGAUACGCUCGACCUUUUCUCAGAUAGCGUCCAGCGCCAGAGAUAGAGGCGUGGGCAUCCCGGCCUGGGUUACUUUCUCAACUGCUGCAACAAUGACGAUGAACUCGCCUUCGUCAAUGGUGGAGUUGUACCACCUUACACAGACACUUCCAUCGGCACCCUCGCCAACCGACACCGCUGGACUCAUGCGAGAAGUUGGCCUAAAGUGCAUUUCUUUCAACGGCAUUCCACGUUCGAUCAACUGCCUCGGCGCUUUUCGCGAAGGCAUGCCCAAGGACGUCUUUGACAAGAUCCCGCCUCCGCCGUCACGGCAACUGACCUCUCAAAACAUCGACGAAUGCAUGGCUCGAGGCCGCCGACUCUGGGACUCUGUCUAUUACCCCUUCGAGGAGAAAUUGCUCGACAAACUUGCCCAAUCCCAUCCGAACCUGCCCGUGCAUAUUCUCUCGGGCCAUUAUUCAAACCUGCUCUCAGACCCGCCGUCCGACGCCCCCCUCAGGGUCGGGAGAGUCCUGACUUCCCUCGCCGCCAUCGCGUGUCUUCGCGCUCAGACGGGCGUGGGACCUCAAGUGGUGAGCCACGUUUUCGGAUUGCGCAAGGCAUAUCAGGACGGCACCGCCGAGAAGGACAUUGAGGGCGGCGAGUGGCUGGCCACGGAUGAGGGUAAUCAGUGGAUCUUGUACUGCAUCGACGAGAUUAUCCGGGCGCUUAGUGGAGGAAGAGGCACGACAUUUGCGCCUGGCAUGGGUGGCAGCGCGGACACACUCAAAGCAAAGCUGUAA